AUAGACCCAUUUUGCUGCAUAUACGUACGGAGCCGAGCCCUAUAUCGCCUAUUACGCGUGAAUUGCUUCAUCCAGCUUCAAGUUCAAUUGGCUCGUCGACGAUCCUGCGGCACUGAUCACCCAACAACGCCUCUCAAUGCAUUCCCUGGUAGUUGUAACGAUGGACAGACUGGGCUUCCCACAAUCAAGACGGAGAUUACUAUGCAUUUUCGGCGCAUAUGUCCGCUUUCUUUUUUUGCUGCCCAUGCAGAGCCAAAUUGGUGCAGAAUGCUCUCGAAGUGUCGCAAAAGCGCAUAUAUCUUCCCAUUCGCAUCACCUCCCAGUACUGGACUCUGGACUUGCCUAUCUAUAUGGCUUCAUUACCGGACGAUCCUUGGUUCUCCACCGUCGACUCUGACAUCAUUGUUAAUAUUAGUCCAUCAGAUGGGACGGUCGUACGGAGCCGAUGCCUGCAAAACUCGGACCGUCAGAUGCUCAUCUGCACCCUCGUGGGUCGGA